AUGCAGUCACGAAAAGAUAAGCUCGUCUGCAAUCAGAUGGAAGAAGAAGGAUGCGACCGUAUGCCUGUAGAGAUGACCUACACCGGCACGGUUAGCUUUAUGCGUGACAUUACGGCACGAAUCACGACCAUUGGGAAUUUUCUCCCGAGCACUCCACACAAAGAAAGAGGGGCGAUCGCGGAGAAGGAACCCUACGAUGUUAUUCUUUCGAUUGCAAUAUGGAAUGCACCGUUUCACUUGGCUAGUCGCGCCGUGACUAUUCCGCUUGCCGCCGGGAAUACAGUGGUCGUGAAGGGACCGGAGCUCUUAUAUAAGUGCAUUUGGGCUAUUGAUGAUCUCUGCCCCAAGCUGGGCUGCUAUACGAAGGUCGGUGCUACCAUUGUUUCAAUAGCAGGGAAGUACGUCAAGCCAGUUUUGUUAGAACUUGGUAGACAGGCGCCCAUUGUUGUGCUCGACGAUGCAGAUCUCGAAGCGGCUGCUUGUAACUGCGUCUUGUGA